AUGUUUAAGCAAACAAAUAGAGCGGAAUUCAGAGGUAUUGUUGUUGCUAGUGUCUGCGAGCAGUCCGGACUACAGCUGAAGGAAAUUUCCUCCUUGUCUACGAGAAGUUGUCCAUCGUGUAGCAGGAAAAUAAAAACAUUUAUAGAUUUGUAUACCUUUCUAUCAUCGGAAAUUAAUAAGCCCGGGCCAGAAACAGCUAUAUCUACAGAGAUAACGGCCGCCAAACGUCUUUUGCAGUUGACUCCGGGAAAAAGUCCAUCAAGAAAAGCAAGGCGAAUUUCAGCAGAGGCAGACAGUGUUGAUACACCUAUUGAGAACCAGCUUCGGACUCCUGUAUCAAGGAGACAGAUUUUAUCUUGUAACGAUAAAGAAAAUGAUGACAAUAUACUCUCUCAUUUGAACAUUGAAGACAUUAUUGAGUGCCAAACGACAAGGGUAAAAGUUCUGAUUUUGUCACCCAAUGGCGAUAUCAAGGUAACAACACCACAAGACAAGAUAACGAUUGGAAUUGUUAAAAAUCUUGCGCUAAAAAAUUGGAAAGCAGCAACAAACGUGUUUAUUUCCCACAAGGAUGCCCUGCCAGAGCUACUUGAGGCUCUGAACCGGAAUGUCAAUAGAGAGUUUAAAGAAUUCUGCAAAUCAGAUACUAUACUUAAGGGACGAAAACCCGACGAACUCGUCGCAUUUUCAAACAAGCUGCUCGCGAAAGAGGUCGAAGUGUACUUACCAUUUUGGAAUGCAUGCGUUUGUGGAUCCUGCAGAGAAAAGAUUAAUUGUGGCAAGGAUGCCGUGAGUGCAAUUGCUUUAACCACUGCCAUAGUAGCACGUAAAAGAAUUAAAGAUUUAUCUGCAUUCCACUACCGUGUUUCAACCGUGCUAUGUCACAGUGGUGUGUAA